CAAUUCUUUCCAACAGCAUCUCUCCAUUCGCCAUUAUACCCUCACCCUCGACCAUGGUGCGAAUCCACACACGGGUUGCUGGCAGGUGCACGACAACGACAACAUAGUCCGCCGCAUCCUCAGACCUCGUUGCAUUACAGCUCGUCGUCAGCAUGACCAGCUACGGUGAUGGCCCUCCUCUCGCCUACUCAGUGCCCGACUGGCCUGCGCUCUACUACCCCGUCCGCGCAGUACCCGGUGAGGCCCAGUACCUCUACUACCUAUCCGACAUCUAUCGAUUCGUCGUGUACUGGACCCUAAUCUGUGUCGGGUCGGCGCACCUCUCUGUUGCCAUUUGGGCAGUUCUCAUGCAGUUCAGCUCUGCGAAUCAACGACGCAAGUACCUCAAGACCCCCGCAGGAAAAAGUCUCAGUAGCAAGAACAAGAAGCUUUUAGGAGAAUACCCUCUGGGUGAGACGUUGGGCUGGGUCUGGCUAAUACCACUGGUCUAUAUUGUGAUUGGCGGUUUGGAGGCUUUGUUUGCGGGCAGCUUCGUGGGCUUAAUACUGGGUGCUGUCUAUAAUGCAGGUUAUUUCAGCAUGAGUACAUGGACUCCCCUGUUGUGGGGAGUCAUCAUCAUGUUGGUUCUGGUGGUCAGCAGUUUCAGAAUACACGGUGGCUUAUAGAUGAGACGGAAACAUCUCGGAAGUCGUCGGCGCCCGGGGGGAACAAGAUGUGAGCGAUAUUCAGCUCGCAUCCAAGGCCCAUGGUGUGAGGCCUCUAUCAUUACUCGACUUUCUAAGUAGCCCUCUCGAGUUAGGGUGGAUUGAGUAGAGACCCACCAAAGACUAAUAAGCAAUGUCUGAACACAUUCUUGUUCUUAUUAUUGCAUAGGCGCAGCUUUGGGAGCCCUAGAGGAGGUCAAGGAUUC